AUGGCCGACUUUUUGACGGCAGUAUCGAGUAAGAGGACCACGACUUCCAAAAGUCUUGUUCAAGAGAUUGAAACUCGAAACACCAGCGAUGAAGUCACGAUUAAAUCUGUCGAGUCAGCACUGGAAGCCCUGAAAAGCCAACCUAGUCGCCGUACCGUUGUUAAUGUCUUGCGAUAUCUGAACAGCCACGGGUUCAACCUCAUACUUCCUGAUCCAUCAAGCGCGAGUAUUGCACACCAACUUGUAAAUGACACAGUACCAAACUACUGGCGAGUUCUCAAAGGAGCACCGGAAUCAAAACUGAUUGCCCAAGUUCUCCGAAAUCCCACUGGGCUUGGACAUGUCAUCACCAGGCUUCGUACGUUGAUCGCCGAUAGUCGAGAGAAAAAGGCGCCAGGUGGCGCACGCAACACGCUCGAGCACAUUGAAGAUACUCUCGACGUUAUUGAUCGCAUUCUUCAUGGGCAAGAUACAUCCAGAAUAGUCCUGAGAGACAUACUAGCCUAUGGCAAAAACUCCAUCCAGAAGAAUCUCAUAUGGAAAGAGUAUCUUGCACAAACAGCUUCAGGGCGACUUCUUUCCCUGACAGCCGAAGCAGAGGAUGUGCUAAAUACUGGCGGAGUAUCAAGGGCGCCAAAUUGGGUCGCAGAUGGCAAAGAGUACGCUGUGUGGCUGGGACGUAACGCGGUAGAACUCAUUACAAGCGAGGAAACAAGCGAUGAGCAUGUAACUGCGAGCGUGGAGUUUUGUACGAAGCUAUUGGGACUGGGUUAUACAGAUCAAAUUGUCAAGUCCAUCUUUUCAAUGCUCAUCAGGGAUAGCAGCAUUGAACGAUUUACAGGAGUGCUUUCAAAGAUGAAAAGCUUCGAACAGCGGAAGUUUCUCAACGCCACAAUAGCGUUCAUCGUACAUGAUCAUCUUUCGAAGGAGUCUGUUAGCAAGAUUGAUGUAGCUGUCACUAGCUCCAAACGGAUAUCCGGAGCUGCUGGCUUGAUCAUGCAACUCACCGAAAACAAUGACGCCCUCAAAGAUCACCUCGUAUCCACACUGAUUCGAUCAACUAUACCAUCUCUGGAUGACUCAGUAGCUGCCCGGAGAAGUGUCAUUGCUGUCAUUUCCAGGAAUGAUGAAAAGCUGCAUACACUACUUGAAAACGCCAUCAAGCUUUUUGGAGACUCCAUCUACAUCAAGCAUACUCCAAUUAUACAGCAAGAAGCUUUGGCCCAAACCCUGGUUGUUUCUGCUGGUUACGUCCAUCGGACACAACCCAUGUUCCUUACCAUGAUGGUGAAGUCCACUUAUCACGUAAAUGGCAUGUCGAACCGUAUUGGUGCAGCAUCUGCUCGUGCUCGCUUUCUGGGAAUGGCUGUUGGAAUUGCGAUCUCGAACAUGGUUGACAAGCCAGAGCUUCAAUUGAAGUUUGAGCUUGAAGGGGCUGAACUGGAAGAGUCGAACUGGUACCAACAACUCACCAAGAUCAACGACCGAGUUGGAAGUAUACAAGACCUUGCUUCCGGGAGCAAUAUCGUCGUACCUAACAGUAGUACACCACGGACCAAGGCCAGGCCUGCUCUCAAAGCAUCUGAGUUUGCAACCACCCAAGGCCCACGAGUAAUCGAAAUCCUAUCAGACGACGAAGAAGAGGAUGAUGACCUCCUAGCAUACGAAAAGCCAGACUCGGACCCAGAAGAUGACACUGACGAUCCCACUGCAGUCAACCGCAACAAACCAACAGCACCAGUAUAUAUUCGCGACCUAAUCGCAGGCUUGCGCGACCAAGAGGACUACGACAGACACAAACUCGCCUUAUCUACGGCUGCCUCCCUGAUCAGACGCAAAGCCAACUUCGGCACAGAGGUGACUGACCACCUCGAAGAGCUUGCGACCAUUCUCACAGGGCUGCAAGAUAACUCUGAACUCGAUGAGUUUGCGCAACAGAGACAACAGGCUCUGAUCGCAGUGCUGCUCGCCAAACCUGCAGAAAUGGCGCAAUGGUUCGCCAGAUCUUUCUUCUCAGGCGAUUACAGUCUCACCCAGCGCAUCGCCAUGCUCACCACUCUCGGUCUCGGGGCGCGCGAACUUGCCGGCAUAAAAGACUCGUCGACCGACGACCUCAUACCCACACAGUCAUCCUUUCCAAGCAAACAAUUACCACCACACCUCCACGCCAUCUACACCUCCGACCAGCCCGCCUCGCCACUUGCCAAACUCUCCAGCACCAUGGCCCGCCAAAUGCUCUCCCCGCUCGCCUCCCAAGCCGCCGACCAACUUACAGGCCCCAACAUCCUCAAAGUCCACACCUUCUCCUCACGCAUGCAAGUCGAGCAGAAGCGAAGCAAACCGAUUCCCAACGCGCUCGCCCAAAUCGUCGCAGACGACUUCUUCUUCCCCCUCACCGGCCGCUGGUGGCUACACAGCCGUGCAAACACAGACUCCAUCUACACAUCCUCUCAUCUCCUCCCGCCCUUCCUACACACCCUUUCCAUCCUCCUCCACGCCGCGGGCCCCAACACCCUCGCCCUCCCCCAAAUGUCCCGCGAGUACUGGGAUCUCCUGCUGUCGCUGCGCGGCCGCGCCGCCACGGAUACCAAUGUCUUGGCUGCACUGCUCUUUGGCUUUCUCAUGCUGCUCGAGACGAAUGCGGAUCAUGCGCGGCUGGCGACGGAGCAGGGCAAAGAGGUAUUGGAGACGCAGGCUUGGGUCAAGAUGCUGUUUGACGGGCUGGCGGCUGGGAGUGGUGAGGAGGAGCGGGUAAGGGGGUUGGCGGCUGCGGUGCUGGUUAGGUGCCAGGAGGUGGUGCAGAAGUAUCAGCGGAGGAUGGUGGGGGAGGCGUUGGAUUACUAG